AUGCUGAGCCAGGCGCUCGCUUGCGGCCUCGCGCUUGGGGUUCUGGUGUUGUUUUUGCUGUUCAUUUCGUUGAGGUGGGCAGCCGCUUCCUUUCGCUGCUGGCUGGGCAUUCCGAGGCGGCUGAUGGCUCGUACCGAGAAGCCGCUGUUCAGGAUCGCGUACACAUUGUAUACAAGAACAAGACUAGGGUACAUCUUUCACAAGAAGCAGUUGAAGAAGACUCGAGAUCAUUAUCCUAGUGGCCAUUCUGUUGUCUGCCCUAAAAUUCUUAACGGUGUGAAAAUUCUUCCAGUCCCGAUACUGACAGACAACUAUGGGUACCUGAUCAUCGACUUGGACACAAAUGUUGCUGUGGCGGUUGAUCCUUCCGAUCCACUAAUAGUCCAGACAUACCUUGAACAGGAAGGUGCGACGCUCGAAGCAAUUCUCACAACACACAAGCACUGGGAUCACAGUGGUGGGAACAAGGUACUGAAGAAAAUCUACAAAUCUUGUAGGGUGUAUGGUACUUCCAGAGAUAACAUUCCUGGGCUUACAAAUCCCAUUCUAGAUAAAGAGACGAUCAAAGUGGGAAACUUGCAAUUUCAUGCCUUCUUAACCCCUGGCCACACGGUGGGCCAUGUGAUCUACGUCCUGGAGGGGAAUCUUCCCAGCAUUCCUGCCUGCCUGUUCUCUGGCGACUUGAUUUUCCUCUCCGGCUGUGGUCGUAUUUUUGAGGGAAGCUCCUCACUGAUGCUGUCCUCGCUGGAUGUUGUGGCUGCUCUGGGGGAUGAGACGCUGCUGUGGCCAGGUCACGAAUAUGCACAAGAUAACCUGAUGUUUGCUGCUUCAGUUGAACCAAACAAUCCUGCUAUUUUCAACAAGCUUGACUGGGUACUGCACCAGAGGCACGAGAAACAUUGCACAUGCCCUUCGACAAUUGGGGAAGAGAAGGAGUACAAUCCAUUUUUGCGAACUCACUCCAGCGAUUUGCACGUAGCCCUUGGGGUUGAGCGGCAACUUGACGAAGACUGGACAUGCUUCAGAUCCAGGGUCCUGGAGGAGGUCCGCAAGCGUAAAGAUAUUUUCAAUUAUAGAUAGCAUUCCGAAGAGUGGACCAUUUUCCUUAUUAUCAUUACUUUUUCUGUCUUCUUCAUCCCUUAUCAUUCUCUCCUGUUUUCCCUCUCACAAUGGACUCUGAAUCACUCUCUGUUUCUUCCCCGCUCUCAGUAUUCGCUCUCACUUGCUCCCUAGCCCCCUAUUCUUCUCCCUCUUUGUGCUGUCUUUGUCUUCACAAUUCUCCAUUCCUGUUUGUGCAAGAAGUUUCAACAACAUGCACCUAAGUAUCAAAUGGAAACAUUGGUGCGAAGAACAAUCGAGAAGAUUGCAUGAGAACGAUUGAUCGAUCAGGGAGCCUUUUUGCUAUGGUAUAGUUCCCUCGGUAGUGUAAAUAUCAAUUCUGUGAAUUUUUUGAUGUGAUGUACAGCUUUAUCAUGUUUGCCAUCUGAAUUUUUCUUCCUAAGAGUGAGUCAUGCUAAUGCAAUGGAUGCUCUCCCUUUAUUUAUAGAUCACCAAAAACAAACACACAGCUGCGAAGGUACGAGGAAUGUCCAAAGUAUAUUGUACAUGAAGCCUUUACCACUAGAAACUCAAAUACAGGAUGUCUGCUAGUGUUCACUGAGUUGUGUUUUUAGUUAAAUAAGGAUGGGGAUAGAGGCAACACCAAAUAAAGUCAGAUUGUAAAAAAACUCUCACCUCUUUACUGUAAGGUUGACACUAACAUUAACUUCCACUUUCUAUUGAUCAUAGCAGCAAGUUGAUGCUUGUUUGGCAAUAUUGAUGUAGGAGCAGAUUGGAGGGAGCUUUACUCUGUAUCUAACCUCACGUUAUCUUUGUACUGGAUGUGUUUGAUGGGACGGUGUUGAGGAUGCUAAACUUAUAGGUUAAAAGUAUAGGGAGAUCUUUUUCUUUAAGUUUAAAGGACUGAGGGUGCUUUACUCUGCGAUUAACCUUGUUUUGUACCUGUUCUGGGAGUGUUUGAUGGAGACAACAUAAAGGCAGCUUUACUCUGUAUCUAUCCCUGUGCUGUACCUGCCCUGGGAGUAUUUGAUGGGCACUGGGUGCCUGAAACAAAAUGGGUUUGAGCACUAACCCACCCCACCACCUCAUCAAUCUGCACGUAAAUAUAAAGCAAUAUGUAGCAUGUGUUGGAUUGUGAUUUAUGUAACAGAUGGCACUUCUCCCAGAGUAGGACCUUGGUUGCAUACUGCACUUGAACUGCAGAAGCAGGAUAGCAGUGUUUUGUGUAAUAUCAUUCCAUCGACUUUGAGAGAAUUCUCUCAAUAUGUAAUGUUGGAACAGCAGGACAUUAAAUGGGGCUAUUCUCCAAAUCAGCAGCAAUUGGUCUUGGAAUCCUGAUAGAGACAUCUGGGUAUAAAAUCUUUAUUUUAUUUACUUCACUGGAAAGAAAAUAAAUUGCUGCUGUAAAUUCAGGUGUAAAGUUAAUAAAUUAAUUUUGAUGUCAAAUCUUUAAUGUGCUCCAGGGAUGCUGUAUUAUCAAAUUUCUAUUAAAAA